AUGUUAAGCGACCGUGAUCCCCCUGUCGCCAUUGUGCAAGAUUCUGCUGGAAUUCGAAGAGUGGUUUCUCUAGCAGAGUUACUUCAAUAUGUGAAUGCCUCGAAUUCUACAGUUCCGGAUAGAAGCCAGGCACUGCUACCCUUCACCCAGCAAGCGAUGCCUAUGGAACAUUGUGAGGCACUGCUGAAAAAAGUUGAAGUGAAACUCCAGCAAGCGCCACGGGAUCUAAAAAUGUUAUUGAGGCGGAAAUGUUCCAAUCUCUCAAGUGUUGUGAACCGGAAGAAAGAGGAGGAGAUGGAAACGCCGCCUCAGAAUGGGUGUGACAAAGACUCAACGUCAAAAGAACCUUUGCCAAGCUGGGAAAAACCGCCAGAAGCAUCGAGGCCCAAACCUACCCCUCGUCGCAUUGGCAUGAAUCACGGAAUACCAAAUCGGCAGACCGCGCAG